AUGUCGGCCGUAACGGGUGGCUUCCUCGGCCGGUCGAGUAGUAAUACGGCCAACAUGCGAGGCCUCGUCCAGUUCAUUGCCGACUUGCGAAAUGCUCGAGCGAGAGAUCUCGAAGAAAAGAGAAUCAACAAGGGAACUGGCCAACAUUCGUCAAAAGUUCAAAGUUUGAGCGGCUACCACAAGAAGAAAUAUGUUUGCAAGCUGCUCUACAUCUACAUCCUCGGAUGGAACGUCGAUUUCGGCCACCUCGAGGCCGUGAACCUCAUUUCAGCAACCAAGUAUUCUGAAAAGCAGAUUGGUUAUCUCGCCAUGACCCUCUUCCUCCACGAGAAGCACGAGCUGCUUCAUCUCGUCGUCAACAGUAUCCGGAAGGAUUUACUGGAGAACAAUGAACUCUUCAACUGUCUCGCUUUACACGCCAUUGCGAACGUGGGUAGCAAGGAGAUGGGUGAAGCCUUGAGCAGCGAGGUCCACAGGCUCCUGAUCGCUCCUACAUCCAAGACCUUUGUGAAAAAGAAGGCAGCUCUGACUCUGCUGCGCCUGUACCGCAAGCACCCCGAGAUUAUCCAGCCCCAAUGGGCUGAGCGCAUCAUAUCGCUCAUGGACGAUCCCGAUCUGGGCGUGGCUUUGUCAGUCACAUCCCUCGUUAUGGCCCUAGCACAGGACAACCUCGAACAGUACCAGGGUGCUUACGCCCGAGCCGCAAUCAAACUCAAGCGCGUCGUUAUCGACGGCGAGUUCACACCCGACUACCUCUACUACAAAGUGCCUUGCCCCUGGAUCCAGGUCAAGCUACUCCGCCUCCUACAAUAUUUCCCUCCGUCCGAGGAUACCCAUAUCCGCGACAUGAUUCGAGAAUCUAUUCAAAAGAUUCUUAACCUCGCCCUUGAACAGACCAAGAACGUUCAGCAGAAUAACGCGCAAAAUGCCGUGCUGUUCGAGGCUAUUGAUCUCGUCAUCCACUUGGACACGGAGACUGCCCUUAUGAAGCAGAUUUCCUCCAGGCUGGGACGUUUCCUCACUUCACGGGAAACAAAUGUUCGCUACCUUGGUCUCGAAGCCAUGACGCAUCUUGCCGCGCGGGGCGAGAACCUGGAGCCUAUCAAGCAGCACCAAGAUGUCAUCGUGGGGUCCCUCAAAGACCGGGACAUCAGUGUCAGGAGGAAAGGCCUUGACCUUCUCUACAGCAUGUGCGACACGUCCAACGCCCAGGUCAUUGUUGGCGAGCUGCUGCAUUUUCUGCAAAACGCCGACUUUGCUAUUCGCGAAGAGAUGGUGCUGAAGAUUGCUAUUCUGACGGAAAAGUACGCUACCGACGUUCAGUGGUACGUUGACAUCUCGCUGCGACUGAUCGCCAUGGCCGGCGACCACGUCAGCGACGAGGUCUGGCAGCGCGUGAUUCAGAUUGUGACCAACAACGAGGAGUUGCAGGUCUACGCGGCCCAGCACUCACUUCAGUACGUCAAGCAGGACCACUGCCACGAGACGCUCGUCAAAAUUGGUGCGUACAUCCUGGGCGAGUUUGGUCACUUGAUCGCCGACCAGCCCAAGUGUAGCCCGAUUGAGCAGUUCCUGGCAUUGCAGGGCAAAAUUUCGGCAUGCUCAUCGCCUACUCGAGCCAUGAUUCUGUCCUGCUUUGUUAAAUUCGUGAACCUCUUCCCAGAAAUCAAGCCCCAGCUCCUCAACGCAUUCCGCAUCUUCAGUCACACGCUGGACUCGGAGCUGCAGCAGCGAGCUUGCGAAUACCUGGCCCUGGCCAACAUGCCCACGGACGAUCUUCUGCGCACAGUUCUAGACGAGAUGCCGCCGUUCCCCGAGCGCCAGUCGGCACUGCUGUCGAGACUGCAUCAGAAGCACGCCAACACAAGUGAUAAGAGGACUUGGGUUGUGGGUGGUAAGCAUGCAAAUGCAGACGCGUCAGAGCUGGCCAUGGCGAAGAACGCGGCCCUCAAGAGAACCUUCAGCUCCAACGGCGGUUUUCUACGGGGCGCCAAUGAGGGCGAACGCCAAGAAGGAGGAAAGGAGUUAAGACGAAAAAAGAAGGUGCCAUCAACGUUGAUGAGGCUCAUGGAGGAGCGCUUGGCAGUUGGUAUGAACAUGGGCCUCGACAAGCCGUCACCACCGAGCCGGGAUCAGAUCUCGGACGCCUUUUCGAACGUCAUGGUGGCGUAA